GUGACUGCACACAAAACGAGAGCAUACAAGGGCGCGCGUGCGGGGCCGUGUGUACACUCAUGCCUGCAUUUCCUUGUCCGCGGCGCGUCCUGCUCGUGUUCUAUUGGCUCGCUCCAAUCACGUGGCCGUUUAACUUUGUUCACUUGACAGAAAAAGUAGGAGGGUUCAGCGGAACAGGAAUGACCGCCGAGUAAAGGGAUGCGAUACAAAUUUUAGUUAUAUAUUAGGUUCGAUUCCACAUAAAGAGUGGCAUUAAUGGCCAUGAGCUCGUAUUUGAUCAACUCUAACUAUGUGGACCCCAAAUUCCCACCGUGCGAAGAGUACUCACAUAGCGACUAUCUACCCAGCAACUCUCCGGACUAUUACGGUUCCCAAAGACACGAGGCCACCGCCUUUCAACCGGACUCGACUCUCUACCAUCACCGGCAUCACCAGCAGCUAGCGGAGUCGCAGUACAAGCAGUGUCAGCGCGAAGGGCAGCCCGCCUCGGUGGUGAUGCCCCCUCGCGGCCUCGUCAUUCCCCAGAUUGGAGUCGAACUCGACCGGGUGUCGGUGACACCCAGCCCGCCUCCGCCUCAGUCGCGCGAGCAGCCGCCUCACAGUCAAAACACAUCUUCCCCCGCAAACACUAAAAAGGACCCCGUGGUGUAUCCGUGGAUGAGGAAAGUCCACGUUAACAUUGUGAGUUCAAACUACACAGGAGGCGAGCCGAAGCGCUCUCGGACAGCUUACACCCGCCAGCAAGUCCUGGAGCUUGAGAAGGAGUUCCACUACAACCGAUACCUGACGCGCAGGCGCAGGGUGGAGAUAGCGCACACAUUGUGUCUGUCAGAACGCCAGAUCAAAAUCUGGUUCCAGAACAGACGAAUGAAAUGGAAGAAGGAUCAUAAAUUGCCCAACACCAAGGUCCGCUCUGGGAAUAACACGAACGCCCAAGCUUUAACUGGCUCCACCUGACCACGCAUAGAAAUCGAGCCCAUCUGUUCUUUGCUGCAUUUCUGCCGUCCAAAA